CAUCAGCACCACUGCCUUCUUCUUCUUCUCCGCCGUAGUCGGAAUUUGCCCUCUCAGUUUUCCACUCUGUCAUCUUUCCAUCUCCCCAAAAAACUCGAUUGUUUCCUUACGGGUAACUCUCUCUUCCUCAGGAUGGAGUGCUCUGCAACUGUCUUGGAGUUGAGAUUUGCUCGUGUUGGCUGGGGAAUAAUUUUGGGAGAGUGGAUCUUAUAGCAAGAGGGACUUAUUUAAAACAUUGGUGAAGCUUAUCUGUUGUUGACUGUUGACAAUUUAUGGAAAUGGACUGGAGGUUAAUAUCUUGUCAACAACAGUAGGUGGCUUUUUUGAGGAAUGGUUUCAACUGUGGCUCUUUGAAGAAUGUUUUGUAAUAAUCGAGAGUUCAAUUGUCAUAUUUGUUAGGUUUUCUUGUUAUAUAAAAUUUAAUGGAGGAACUGAGGCUAUCAAGAAGAGCAAAAAGGAAAUUUAUGUCAAGUUGGGUGGACGUGCUAUGUCCUGCUGGCCAUUGUUAGUGUAGCAGAUUGCUUCGCCCAAAUUUGCACAAGCCUGGGGGCCUUGGACCUUCAAAUUCAAUCAAUGGCACAGGAGCGAUACUGGGCUGGAAGUGGAAUCAAUAAGAAUAAAGCAAUGGUAGAGAAUUUGCAGCAUUAUGGAGUGAUCAGCUCCAAAAAGGUGGCUGACGUUAUGGAAACUAUUGAUAGAGCUUUAUUUGUACCAGAUGGGACUCCUGCUUAUGUUGACAGUCCUAUGGCAAUUGGUUAUAAUGCUACUAUUUCUGCCCCUCAUAUGCAUGCAACGUGCCUUCAGUUGUUGGAGGAGCAUCUAAAACCUGGCAUGCAUGCUUUAGAUGUUGGCUCAGGGACUGGGUAUUUGACAGCAUGCUUUGCCAUAAUGGUUGGGCCGCAAGGUCGUGCCGUGGGUGUUGAACAUAUUCCAGAGCUGGUUACUUUUUCAAUCAAGAAUAUUGAAAAAAGUGCGGCAGCUCCAUUAUUGAAAGAAGGUUCCCUCUCAGUGCAUGUUGGCGAUGGAAGACAAGGCUGGCCAGAGUUUGCACCUUAUGAUGCAAUACAUGUGGGAGCAGCUGCACCAGAAAUCCCACAGGCGCUCAUUGAUCAGUUGAAAACAGGUGGCAGAAUGGUAAUUCCAGUAGGAAACAUAUUCCAGGAUUUGAAGGUGAUCGACAAGAACCAAGAUGGUUCCAUUAGUAUCCGGAGCGAGACUUCUGUUCGCUACGUUCCUCUAACGAGUCGAGAUGCACAACUACAGGGUUAUUAAGUUUGGUAGGUUUUCAUCUGGAGGUCCUGUGGUGAUAAGACAUAGGAAAACAGUUUGGUUAUGCUGUUGCACAUUUCAAUCCAUGGAAGCUAUUGUAUAGUUGUAUAGGGAUGUCUUUGAAUGUCCUUUUUUUGUCUACUGUAAUAAUCAUAUGCAUUUAUGGAUUUCAAUACCUUCGUUUUUGGAGACUUUUGUUUUGGACUUUGUAAAUUUGCUUUUCAAUACCCAAGGUGGACUUUCAGUUUCAA